AUGGGUACAAUACUUAGGGAUUUUUUCCCUAAUUGUAGUGGUUUUGCUGAAAAUGACUCCUCUAGUGAAUUACGGGCUGAAGAUCCGAAUGAUGAUGCUAAGAAAUUCUUUAGAUUGUUUGAUGAUAUGCAAAAGCCAUUGUUUGAAGGUUCUAAGUCCUCAAGAUUGUCUACUAUUGUUAACUUGCUUCAUAUUAAAACUCUUGGGAGGUGGAGUAAUGACUCAUUUACUAUGUUAUUGCAAUACUUGAAAGAUCAUUUGUUACCAAAAGACUCAACUCUUCCUACUUCCUAUUAUGAUGCAAAAAAGACCACUAAAGAUUUGGGGCUUUCAUAUAAAAAGAUUGAUGCUUGUGUUAAUGAUUGUAUGUUGUUUUGGAAAGAUGAUGAACAAUUAGAAUAUUGCAAAAUUUGCAAUGCUUGUAGGUGGAAGCAAGGUAAGAAUAGUGGGGAAAUUAGAACGAAGGAAAAUGGUAAAAGAAUACCUGAAAAGGUCCUCCGAUAUUUUCCGCUUAAGCCAAGACUUCAACGUUUGUUCAUGUGCUCUAAGACAGCUCAUCAUAUGAGAUGGCAUCAUGAAAGGUCUGCCAAAGAUGGGGUUAUUGAGCACCCCGCAGAUGGGAAAGCAUGGCAACGUUUUGAUGAGAAAAAUGAAUCUUUUUCUUCUGAAUCUCGUAAUGUUAGGUUAGGGCUUAUAAGUGAUGGAUUUAAUCCCUUUUCUAAUGUUGCAAAACCGUAUAGUAUUUGGCCUGUGAUGCUGGUUCCAUACAAUUUGCCUCCUUCGAUGUGUAUGAAACCUUCUAGUAUGCUAUUGUCAAUGCUUAUACCUGGUCCAAAGGGUCCUGGCGAUGCUAUUGAUGUAUAUUUACAGCCUUUGAUAGAAGAGCUUAAAGAGUUGUGGGAAGUUGGUGUUGAAACUUAUGAUGCAUCAAAAAAGGAAAAUUUUAAAAUGUAUGCGGCUUUGCUGUUAACUAUCAAUGAUUUUCCUGCUUAUGGAAUGUUAUCUGGAUGGAGUACCAAGGGGAAGAGAGCAUGUCCUUGUUGUCAUAAAGAAACUUCUUAUAUGUGGUUACCUAAUUGUUUUAAGCAUGUCUAUAUGCGUCAUCGACGUUUUCUUCCUAUUAAUCACCCAUGGCGAAGGAAGAAAGAUGUUUUUGGAAAGAAAGAAAAAGGAGAGGCACCUAAGCCAUUAUCAGGGGAGGAAGUUCUUGAACAAGUUAGAGAUCUUGAAGGUAUAUGUUUGUCCAAAGAUCCCACUAAGAAGACGAAAGUGUCACAUAAGAUCAGAGGCGAUAAUUGGAAUAAGAAAAGUAUUUUCUUUGAGUUGCCUUAUUGGAAAACACUUUUAUUACGGAUAAUUUAG